ACAGGGGUUACCUGGAUGUCCGCUCCAGGAAGCCAUCAUCUCGGUUUGAUCUGGAGGGGAGGGUACCUGCUGCUGCUUUUAGCAGGGCUGGAUGCUAACAAAUGGCCUGUUGAAAAUCUCAUCAUGUUUCAGUGUAUCUAUUACCAGAGAAAGUUCUCCAAGGAGAGGCACGUCAUGGACAGGACCCCCGAGAGGCUGAAGAAGGAGCUGGAGGAGGAGCUGCUGCUGAGCAGUGAGGAUCUGCGCAGCCACGCCUGGUACCACGGCCGCAUCCCCCGACAGGUGUCAGAAAACCUCAUGCAGCGAGAUGGUGACUUCCUGGUUCGUGAUUCUCUGUCCAGCCCGGGGAACUUCGUCCUGACCUGCCAGUGGAAGAACCUGCCUCAGCACUUCAAGAUCCGCCGGACGGUGGUGCGGCUCAGCGAGGCCUACAGCCGCGUGCAGUACCAGUUUGAGAUGGAGAGCUUCGACUCCAUCCCCGGCCUGGUGCGCUGCUACGUGGGCAACCGGCGGCCCAUCUCGCAGCAGAGCGGAGCCGUCAUCUUCCAGCCCGUCAACAGGACGGUGCCCCUGCGUUGCCUGGAGGAGCGCUACGGAGCCUCCUCCCCAGACCCGGCCCACGAGGGCAGCCUCACGGAGGGGAGGCCGGACGCGGCCAAGAGGCUGAGCCUCAGUGUGGGCGGCACCCAGGUCCGAGAGCAGGGCUUGCCCAGGGGCAACCUCCUCAGAAAUAAAGAGAAGAGUGGGAGCCAGCCAGCCUGCCUGGAUCACAUGCAGGACAGAAGAGCCUUGUCCCUCAAAGCCCACCAGUCGGAAAGUUACCUGCCAAUUGGUGGUAAGCUGCCCCCUCAGUCCCCAGGUGUGGGCACAAACCCCUGCCCAAGCUCACCAGUGUUCAGGACGGGCAGCGAGCCGACUCUGAGUCCAGCUGUGGUGCGGAGGGUCUCCUCGGAUGCUAGGCCAGGGGAGGCGCUGAGGGGCUCAGACAGCCAACUAUGCCCCAAGCCGCCCCCCAAGCCCUGCAAGGCACCCCUGCUCAAAGCUCCCCCAUCUCCAUCUAUCUGGCUCAACUCUGAAGCCAACUACUGUGAACUGAACCCAGCCUUGGCGGCCGGCUAUGAUGGGGCAUCUAGGCUGCCCUUCUGUGCCCAGGACAGCUACGUGGAAUUGCUGACAGCCAAGCAGAAUGGGGGGCUGGGCACCCGGAACUCUGACACCAGCUACUUGAUCCUUGAUGAUGAUGACAGGACAAGGCCUUGGAAGCCGCCGCCAGCCCCAGGGGACACAGGGCGGGAGGACCAGGACAUGUUUGUGAUGCCUCUCCUAGAGACCACCUCUUCAUUCAAGCCCAAUGACUUUGGGUCAAAGCUGCUUCCUCCUGAGAACAAGCCCCUGGAAACUUCGAUGCUGAAGCGUGCAAAAGAACUGUUCACCAACAAUGACCCCAAGGUCAUCGCCCAGCACUUGCUCAGCACAGACUGCAAGGUCGCGAGGAUACUUGAAGUCUCGGAAGAGAUGAGGAAGAACAUGGGCGUGAACUCAGGGCUGGAGCUCAUCACCUUGCCUUAUGGUCACCAACUGCGCCUGGACAUCAUUGAAAGACACAACACGAUGGCCAUCGGCAUUGCAGUGGACAUUUUGGGCUGCACGGGCAGUCUGGAGGAGAGAGCAGCCACCCUCAAUAAGAUCAUCCAGGUGGCUGUGGAACUGAAAGACUCCAUGGGGGACCUCUAUUCUUUCUCAGCCAUCAUGAAGGCCUUGGAAAUGCCACAGAUCACGCGGUUAGAAAAAACGUGGACUGCCCUGCGGCACCAGUACACACAAACCGCCAUCCUCUAUGAGAAGCAGCUGAAGCCUUUCAGCAAAAUCCUGCAUGAAGGCAGAGAGUCCACAUGUGUUCCCCCAAACAAUGUAUCAGUCCCACUGCUGAUGCCUCUUGUGACCUUAAUGGAGCGCGAGGCUGUCACUUUUGAAGGAACUGACAUGUGGGAAAAAAACGAUGAAAGCUGUGAGAUUAUGCUGAACCAUCUGGCAACAGCCCGACUCAUGGCGGAAGCUGCAGACAGCUACCGGAUGAAUGCUGAGAGGAUCCUGGCAGGUUUUCAACCAGAUGAAGAAAUGAGUGAAGUCUUCAAGACUGAAUUCCAAAUGAGAUUGCUAUGGGGCAGCAAAGGUGCACAAGUCAAUCAGACAGACAGAUAUGAAAAAUUCAAUCAGAUUUUAACUGCCCUCUCACGUAAACUGGAACCUCCUCCUGUAAAGCAGAUGGAGUUUUGAUAACUCUCCAGAGAAGCUUAGGAUAUAAUUUCAAGCUUAUCCACUUUCUCCUCUGAGAAAGCUUAUCAUUUGAUAAAGUAAUAAUGUGCAAAUCUGACAAUAUACAGCUUUUAGUAUCCACAGGAUAUUAAACAUGUAAAUUGCACAGAGCACACUUAUUUAUCAAUUGUUUAAAAUUACUACUGAUUUUAAAAUAAAUAAUUUAUUAAGGUAACUGUUGCUAAUGUUGAUCAGCAAAUUUAAGUGAAGACCCAGCUAUAUUGACUGGUUGCUUUCUAUUACUGAGGUAUAUGACCAUUUCAGUUUUAAUUCCAUGUCAGAUAAGUGUAAAUAGAAGAGUUUAAAAGCAUGAAACUGAAGAUAUCAGUUGUAUGAUAUUCUCUAACUAAAUAUGAAAAAUGUAAAUAGUCAUAUGAAAAUAUAUCUUUUUGUGAAACAACUGUAUCCAGUCUCUUUAAUACUAAACAAUUUAUUGUAGUACAAUAAUUCUACCGCCUACCUUCUUGGGGCACCCUGUUCCCUUGCCACCACAUCCUUAUUGUAAACCAAAAUCGAGAGAGUGGUACAGAAAAUCUAAGGUACCUGGCUCAGGGGACCGGGUAAAAUAGUGAUAAAGGUGGAGCUGACACCAGAACACCUAAGUUACAACAAAAGCUCUGGUGCUUGCAAGCAGCUGGACUUCGGUCAAGUUACCCCUCAAGCCCGACGUGCAGCACAGCGGCUGGUAUGAAGUGAGCACCAGUGUGCUUCAUGACAUUAUUUCACUUAUUUCACUAUACGUAACUUUUCCUCUAGCUGAUAAGUUUUCUGACUUCCCAAAGGGGAUACUUUCUAGUUUAACAGUAUCUGUCUCAAUUUUUUUCUAUUGUAGAAUUUGAAUACAAGUCUUUAAAAUAUCAAUAAUAAACUUCUAUCACUCUGCCA